AUGCAGACCGGUGGGAGGUUGAGCUGUACGAAACCAAGGGAUGGCCAAAGAUCUCCCGAGGAGGGCGACAUACGAGAUGUCGUGGGUUCUCCGAAUGUCAGCCUCACCCCUAGCUCUGGAAACUCACCAAAUAGUGGUCUUAGCGAUGAAGAUCCAGACGGAGCUCGUGCGGACAGCGUCCUCGAUGAGACAAACUUGACUCGGAAGCUAAAGGAACACCAGCAGCAGGAACAACAACGACAGGAAGAGCAACAUGCAACAAGCGAUGAAAUAUUAAGCGAGAUAUUACCUCUUGUUUCUGACAUGAGUAUUCCACAAUCCUCUGACCAUCAGCUGCCUCGUGAACUUCGUCCUACAGAACCUCCCUACCAAUGCACGCACAUAGAGAUUGAAUGCAGUCAAGAGAAGUCGAUUCUCACCAUCAACAAGAAAAACUUCUUAAGCACUGGCGAAAUCAACGACAUGUUUGUUUUUUACCGGGGAUCUGUGUAG